AUGGCGACGAACAAGUUGUCGGUGAUCGAGGAACGCACAGAGACCCCUUCUGGCGUCGUGUCCACGCUCUCCAAUGUGACCAGGUGAGCAUGCACACCUAAAGAAUUAGUACCGUCACACACACUUUGCAAACAUUUGUCGCAUUUUUGAAACCAUAAUAAAUUAGUAAUAAACCCCGCUGUUUUCUUCAGUUCCGAAGAGCCGAUUUCGAGUAAGAUGGGAAUGGCGGUGCGUGCGUGUCAACUCGGCGAACUCGAGACCGUCCGGUUUCUUCUCGGCGGCUACGUGUCGGCCGACGAACUCGACUCGGACGGAUGCGGACUUUUGCAUUGGGCCGCCAUCAACAACAAGGUCGACAUCAUCAGACUGUGGGUCGCUUCAAAAGUUUUUGGAUGUUAUCUACAUACUUUAUUUUUGUGUCGCAGCUUCCAAGCGCGCUCAUACUCGGCAAUUUUCAAUACGAUAUCAAAACUGUUCAAUUUUGCAUUUCCAGCCUGCUCUCCUACCACGCGAACAUCGACAUCAUCGGCGGAAACAUGCAGUCGACUCCUCUUCAUUGGGCGUGUCAUAAUGCUCAACUCGCAGCCGUUGUCACUCUUGUCAUGGUCAGUCAGCCACCAUUUCUGCUCAUUGAUAGGCAUCGAACCGCUUCAGAACGGAGCGAGUGGCUCGAUCAAGAACGUGAACGGAGAGACGCCGUUGCACAUCGCCGCAGUUUCUGGAAACUUGACACUUCUCGCCUAUUUGCUCGUCAAAUUCGAUCAUAUCAAAGAUGCGCGCGACAAUUUGGGUGACUAGAGGGACCUGAAUCAUUUUCUAAAACAUCCUUCAGGCCGUUCGGCUCUGAUGCUCUCCUCCCACUCCAGUUUUGGUCUGUUUCCGACGCGAAUCUUCAUCAAAUGCGACGCCUUUCUCGAUUUUACCGAUGACAAGUCGGGCGAGACGGCGCUGCACACGAUGAUGUCGCGCCAGAAUUGGAGAGGAGCCGUCGAGCUGCUGUGUGCCGGCGCCGACGAGACGAUCAAGAAUCGAGAGGGACAGACGGCGUUCGAUUUGGUCGACAAAAAGGUUGAAGAACACGUUCGAGGUGUGGUUCGGACGUUUUUCCGAGUUAAAUUUGUCUUCACACGGUCUCCAGAGCUGACAAUAUGGGCACCUAAUGGCGUUUUCAUGAAUUGAGCAGGUUUUCUCUGAUUUUUGUCGUCAAAGGCGAUGAAAAAUGCAUGUUCGACAUGAAAACACACUAAUUCACACAGAAUUAAUGACGUUUUGGCGCAUUUUUCGCGGACUUUGCUUAUUCGCCUUCGCCGCCUAAAAACCGCACUUCUCAUUUUGCGCUUUCUUGACCGUUUUCAGACAGAAUUGGUUUUGAGAAUGAUAAAUCACGUAAAUACAAGCAUUUUGAGCGCUCGAACCGCGAAAAUUACCGAAAAGCAACUGAAAUUCACGCAGUUUUCGCGAAAAACCUUCAAACGGAUAAAUGUGAUUUGCGACUUGACCAAAUUUAACGCUCUUGCGCUUAAAAAAUUCGUAAUAGCCUAUACAAUCGGUCUAUCGAGGGAAAAAUGAGAAAUUAUCGAUUUUUCGUGGCUAAUUUUGCAAAAAACACAAAUUUUGCUGUUAAAAUUUGAAUUUCGCGCCAAUGUAUCGCUCUAUUGGGCGGGGCGCACUUGCGCCCAUUGUCAGCUCUGGAGACCGUGAAUUCAGAACACGUGGCGACUCGACUGAUCCGUGAGAACGGAACGAUUUGGGACAAAGUCACGUCUCGCUGGUUCUUCGUCCAACUCCUCAGCGCCACAAUCACGGCCAUCUGCAUGGGCGCCGGUCUCGGAUUGUACUACCUGACCGGCUUCUGGCCGCUGGUCUCCGCCAUGAUCGUCUCGACGAUCGGUGCGAUUUUCGUGUUUCGAAGACGACGCAUCGACGAGUUGGCGUUCCUUCCGGUCACCUACAUUUGCUGGAUGGGCAUGGCCGAGUUGGCGAUUUUGUGAGUUGUAGCCGAAACUAACCUGAUCAACGCAUUACUAGAAUCUUCGACACGGACGGCUUCAUUCACUGGUCGAUUCUGAUGCUUCUAUGCUCCAUCUGGGUCAUUUCUGCCACGUUUUACUGGGUGUAAGUGUCCAUCCACCGUCCGUGCAAAGCUCCAAUUUCCUUGCCCUUGUCAGCCUGAUCAUCACAAAUCCGGGAGCGCUCGAGCGCAGCGCCGAUCCGUUCGCCAAACUCGUUCGGAACGUCGAGGAGCGGGGCGUCGAGUCGUACUGCUUCACGUGCUGGAUUCCGCGGCGUCGCGGCUCGCACCACUGUUCGCAGUGCGACACGUGCGUCGACGGAUUCGACCAUCACUGUCCGUGGAUUAACAAGUGCGUCUAUCGGCAGAACAUUCGCUUCUUCCUCCUCUUCUGCCUCACCAACUUUUUGUUCGACGUGCUCUACGCGCCGCUGCUCGCCUACAUCGCCGUCGUUUCCGUCGAUCUCAACGGGUUUAGUGAGUCUCUGAAAAAUACGUUGAAUUUAUCGAUUUCCGACUGAUUAUAAACGUUUUUGUGUGCGAAAACUUGGCAAUUUUGGCCGGAAACUCGAACUUUUUUCGUAAAAUUGGAAAUUAUCGAUUUUUGUCGUUUGAGAGUUUUUGAGGCAAACAGAAUCUGCAAAUUUUGAAAAAUGAGCUCGCUUGCAGACGAAACCCUCCGCGAUCACGGAAUUCUCGUCAUCAGUUUCUUCAUCUCAAUCUUGCACGUCAUUGGCGCCGGCGCGAUCACGUACACACAACUUUCGCAGGUCUCUCGCCACGUCACCACCAUUGAGACGUUGCGAAAAUCGCAAGAGGCGGGCAGUGAAAAGUGAGCGCAGAUUUGAAGAAGCAUCGAGUGAACUGUGAUCAUUUCAGAAGCACAUCGGAAGAGUUUGACCCGUGGAACCAUCGGCCGUCCGUGUCCACGAGGAUCCGAAACGUAUGGAAUCUUUUGGCUUUUGAUGAGUUUGGCGAUGAGACGGAUCGAAUUGAGAGCUCGGAGACGUCUUCCGAUUUGACCACCACCACUUUUACGCGAGUUUAA